AUGGUUGAUAACAGAAGUUUAGGAACUAAAUCGUCUCUGGAAGGCUGUUUCUCGCCCACCAGCAACCUUUUCCUCCAAUCUCCCCCCGCCUCCUCGCACACCCCCUUCGCCGGCGUGCAGGCUCAGCAACACGGCGGCAUGAAGCUCAAGGCUGUCAUGGAGAACCUCCAGCGACAACAGGCAGCGCGCAUUGCCCUGGAUGAGAAACUCCGACAAGUGGGGAAGGAGCGAGACCUCCGCUCGAUGGUGGAGACCCGAAUACAUCAACAAGCUCUGGCUUUCCGGCAUUACCAGACGGCGAUGCACAGCGCUUUGGUUGCUGGAGUUGCUGGUUCUCCUCCCGGGGUAACGAACGGUCAAACGCAGGUCUGCGAAGCCUGCGAGGACAGGAACUCCCCCCGAAACAGCAUUGACAAAAGGGACAUGGAAGACUUGCAGGACAUGGAUGAGCAGGAGGGACUUGAUGAUGAGCGAGACCGUUCGAACCAUUACGAGGAAACUUGCUUGUCAGAGAAAAGCGCCGCGGUGCAUCUGAUGACCAAAGUCCCCGGGGGAUUGGCCCCGGGACGCCGACCCGAGUGCACCCCACGGCCGCUGCAGCCACAGCACCACGAGUGGACGUAUGAGGAGCAGUUCAAACAGUUGUAUGAACUGGAUGAGGAUGGAAAGCGUAAAGAAUUUCUGGACGACCUCUUCAGUUUCAUGCAGAAACGUGGGACCCCAGUGAAUCGGAUUCCUAUCAUGGCAAAGCAGGUGUUGGAUCUCUACAUGCUCUACAAGCUCGUCACCGAAAAAGGCGGCUUAGUGGAAGUCAUCAAUAAGAAAAUAUGGCGAGAGAUCACCAAAGGCCUUAACCUUCCUACCUCCAUUACCAGUGCAGCUUUUACUCUCCGAACACAGUACAUGAAGUACCUCUAUCCAUAUGAAUGUGAAAAGCGGGGACUGAGCUCUCCCAGUGAGCUUCAGGCCGCUAUUGACAGUAAUCGGCGGGAGGGCCGUCGGCAGAGCUACGGCUCUCCCAUCUUCAACUAUUCACCUGUGGGCACCCCAGCACUGCUGUCUUCACCAAGGAUACAACUUGCCCACUUACAAAUGCCCACCAAUUCCCAGAUACCUGUGUUUGAGAAAGAGGAUUCCAUGGUGGCCAGCUGUCUGUCCAGUCGAGUAGUCCUCCCUUUGUCUCCCAAUCGCCAUCACAUUGCAUCUGUGACGAGCCAGGCAGCAGUUGCGGCGACUCAAGCUGCAGCUGUAAUACAGGCUGCUACUUUGGAGCAGCUCAGAGACAAGCUAGAAAGCAGCGAGCCCCAGGAGAAGAAGAAGAUGAUGGUAGCAGAGGAGCAACAGAGGGUCAUGCAACAAGCACUGCAACAUAAUAUGUUGGCCAUGGCGACCCAGAUACCGCUAAGCAUCAAACUCAACAACAGAGAUGAUAGACAAGAGACCGCAUUGAACCUGUCUACCAACGGCAUUAGCAGCAUCAACAUGUCAAUAGAAAUAAAUGGAGUUGUCUACACAGGCGUCCUGUUUGCUCGUCAGUCAUCCAUAACGGGGAUGAUGGGACAUCUUGGGAGCCAAUGUACAACUCAGGGAAAUCCCAGUCCCACGCACUUCCAGCCGUCUUGCUCUUCCUCCUCUUCAUCAUCUUCUUCCUCAGCUCAUGGGCACGGGAACUCUGUGUCCUCUCCCUGAGCAUCAUGUCACGCCUCCUCUUUUUCUCCCAGUCUCCAAGGAGCUGAUAUACAUGUGCAACAAUAACAGUCUGGACGAAUUACCAGAGCAGUUGAAUCCAUUUUUUCUGGUGGUUAUAUUUGGACUGCAGGCAAAUGUUGAAGUUUGCCUUUCAAGAGUCAUUUGCAAGUGAUCCAAGUUGUUGCGUCGACAAUCAGCGCUCAGUACAGGCAUUUCUGCAUAAAUUGCUAAUGUAGGCAUCAACAUGUUGUCUCCAAAUAUAAAUCUUAAGUAAGAAAAAAAACCGCACAAAUUGGAAAUUUAAAGCAACACUAGGUAACUUUUCAACCUUUAAUUACUAUAACUAGUUGAAUGACACCUCUUUUAUAUCUUAAGGGGCUCUGUAUCACUUUCACUAGCACCGAUUAACUUUGAGUAAGGUUGGCAGGAACCCUGCCAUACAAAAAAAAUACUACAAAUGUGCUGACUGCUUUAUGGCAUAUGUCACUUACCUCUUUCCUCAUUCAUGAUAAAGACGGAAGUCGAUGCGAAUGUGAAUUCUGCAAAGAUGGCAGAGCAACAAAAGAGACAAAAGUUUUGUCCGAGGAGGGAAAAAAAGGGAGGCUACCAGGAUACUCAAGAAUACACAUUGGCACGGCUUUCAUUCGCCGGCGUGACGCCCCCUCUCAUACCCCCUCAACCGAACUUGUCAACGCUGCGACAUGGUUGCUAAACGUCAUAUGCUAUUGUUGAGCCACAACUGGAUUCAUGACUUUAUUACUAUUCAUCCUUCACACAGCCUCUGGAAACAGAAAUGUUGUUUAAUCCAUCUGCAGGCGACAGGGAGAUCAUGAUUUUACUACACUGUGUGGGUGUGCGCUGGUCCUCAUGGGCAUGCAAUCUUCCUUAAGGCAAAACACUACUACUUUUGUCCACUUACAUUGCUAAA